AGAAACGUGUGUAUUCAGAGGUCAUCGACUCCGGCGCCUGGUUCUGAUCUUCGGCAUGAUUAGAAGUACCAGACUUUCAGCUAACAUUAUUAAUUCCAAUCCGUUGUAUCUGAAGAGUGAAAAGUUUAUUGUUUACUCUUCCGAUAAGUCGAUUGUUGUUCUUGAUGGACGUACGGGAGUAUCCCGGUUAUUGAAUGGACAUAAGGAUUCAGUGGUUGGGCUUGCACCUGAUGUUCAUAGGCCUCACUAUGUGAUUUCAAGCGGAUUAGAUGGGAAAGUUAUAGUCUGGGAUGUAAAAACAUGUGAAACAGUCCAGGUAUUAGAGACAAGGUUUCCAAUAGAAAUCUGUUUCCCGACUGCAGAUGGCUAUGUUGUAAGCCAUCCAUACAAAGAUAAACACGCUGUAAAGUCAUAUGAUCGUGCUUCUGGAAACUUCACAGAAAUUGUAGAAUUUCCUCAAGGAUCUGUAUUAACAUAUAAAGAUUCUGAUUUUGUUGCAUGCUUUCAUGAAUCAGAGGUCAUUAUAUAUUGGAUAAACUUCAAUGUUUCUGUAAGAUAUUCAGUUCCAGCUGCUGAAAAGUGUACAGAAAAGAAGAAGUAUACAUGCAUUGCUGCUCAUCCCAACGACUGUAUCAUUGCUACGGGGAACGCCGUUGGUGAAAUAUUCAUUUGGUGGAAUUUGUGUACUCAAAUGGAUGAUUAUUUAGAAAUGCUAGAUCCUAUAUCUGACAACUGGAAUGAAAAUGAAGCUUUUCCAGAAAGUGAUAGCUUUGAUGAUAUGAAAAUAGCUGUCAAGAAGAUUUGUAAAGAAGGUCGUCUAGUCACCUACUAUCCUGUGCAUCCUUCUCAUGUUAAACGAUCUGUACUUCAUUGGCAUAGUAUGGGAGUAACAAGCCUCUGCUUUACUCCAUGUGGUGCUCAUCUUCUGUCAGGUGGUCUGGAGGGUGUUUUGGUCAAAUGGGAUAUGACUGAUUGUUUUGGCGGUCCACAACAACGUCGGUUCUUACCUCAUCUCGGUUGCCCUAUAUCUUCUGUGCAUAGUUAUGGUGGCAAUUGUGAAGAUACGAUUACUGUCACUUUGGAGAAUAACUCAUUUCAUAUUUUAGAUGGUGCUUUAAGUUUAAUCUAUUUCAAACAAGGUUUUAUGCAAUUGCCUAAACGAUGGAUUCAUAUUCCUGAAUGUUCAAUACCAAAAAAUUUACUCAUCUUGGAGAAUAGAUUUACACAUUUCAAUAAUGAACAUCUGAUGAAAUUAGUUUUGGCAAAUGGUGGAGAGGGUAAACUACAACUAAUGAAUGUGAAUGACAAUGAUAGAAAUAUUCAAAAAAUUGAUAUCACUCAUCAGAACAUCGUAACUACACACAACAAUUCCAAACUUCCAGUUGUAUAUUCUGAGGUUUUAUUAAUUGCUCAAUUAGCAAAUGAAGCUGAGUUCACUUGGCUUGUAACAUAUGAAAGUGUGAAAAUGUCAUCAGCUUAUCAUGGAAUUGACGAUCAAUCUCGUCUCACUUGGUGGCAAUGCAGUAAACCUGAAGAAGUUGAAAAUGGACGAAAUGAAGAGGUGAAUAUUCAACAACGAGACUUUGUUCAAUUCACUCCAAUUGAUACUUAUUCAAUGGCUCAUUUUGGUUGUUCUGCGGUAAGCAUGGAAUUUGUCCCAUCUGAAAGGUAUGAGUUAUAUGUUCUUCUCAUGGACUACCGUCUUAUGAUAUGGAAUUUCAAUACUGAAUACAAAAAAAAUCCAAUGUAUUCUCCAUGGAUCCAAGCUUCAUGUCAUCUACUCAGUUGUGCUAAUCCUUUUCAGUCAACUAUGCUACCUUUAUCUUCAAUUAUAACAUUUGGUGGAAAUAAUACUGAGAUAUCAAAUUAUCUAUUGAUUUGUUCCGGUUCUACUUUAACUCUUCUGGACUGGGAAAAACUUUUGAUCCAGAGCAACCCAAUAUGCACUACCAAACUUCAUGUAAAAGAUAAACUCCUGGAAUUAUGGUCAAAUUGUAAAAAGAUUUAUAUUGACAAGUGUACGAUCAUCAUUUCACCACGUGACAAAUAUACACGUUUCUUCGUUGUUUCUGUUCGUGGCCAAGGUCCUCGAUUAUCAGGGGAACGUGUUUUGUAUGCUGCUUUAUGUCUUAUAAAAUGUACACCUUUCGGUUUGGAAAUUAUUUCCAUUAUUCCCGAUGUAUUUGCGACUUGUUUAACCUGUCAUCCGAGUAAAUCUUAUUUAGCUGUGGGAUUAGAAAAUGGAACAGUCGCUGUCUAUAAACUUCAAUGUGAUUCAGAGGUGAAGUUAACUCUAGCACAAUGUUUGCCAAGUUUUGCUCCUCAACCAUUAUGCGAUCGUAAGCAUAAAGGUGGUGUAAACAGAAAAAAGAAUCAAAAGAAGAGAUCAAAUGGGACACAGAUAAUCUCGCUUAGUUUUAUUCACUUGGAUGGCAAUAUAAUCCCAUCGAAAUGUAAUGAUACUGAUGGUCAUGGAGAAGAAGAAAUACAAUUGGUAGGAGUUAUGAGAACUUCAGUUGGAAGAGAAACAGGACGUCGUGAUUUAGUCUACUAUGGAACACGUACAACACACAAACACCCAAGUGAAAUUUCCCAAUUUCAUAGUAAUAGUUUAUUACAACUGGUUGAUAUUGUAUCACCUGUCAAGUUCAAUGAACAAUCACACCCGUAUAAACGAAAAUUGGAUUCAGAUAUUCAGUUAGAGAAAACAUUGAAACAGAUUAGUCAGUAUCCUAUAUAUACAGCUCCACCACCUGAUCAAUUAUUACAUCAAUUACUUCAGAAACACUGAUUCAACCUUUUUUUUUGUUGUCAUUAUUGCCAACACUUUGUAUAUAAUUGAAUACUUGCGCCUUUUUUUUGUAUCAACAAACAUCAGUGAGUCUUUAAUCUUGUUAACUAGUAUGAAAGUUUUGUGAUUUGAUUAUCGGUUUAUCAACUUUUAUUAUUAUAUUAUUAUUAGUCCCUUGGGUUCCUAGUGGAACAUAGGGCUUC